UGUAAAAUUGAAAACUAGUAAAACUAUAACAACAGUCUCACAGAUUUUCCAGCACCGCCACAAUCACAAUCACAACAACAACAUACACAUUCAUACCUUUUUCUUUAUAAUAAUAUCACCACUUUUCCUUUUUCCUUUCCUUUCUUUCUUCUAUAUAACUCUAGCUAACGCGUUUUAUUGCUACUUCUCAUCUCACUCUCAUUCAUACAUGAAAUUCAUCAUUCUUUCGUUCCUCACUAUAUAAUAAUUAUUCAGGUUCUAGAUGGCGAAACCAAGUGCUGCUGAUAAUAGGACUAGAAGCUCUGUGCAGAUCUUUAUAGUAGUUGGUCUGUGCUGUUUCUUUUAUAUAUUGGGAGCAUGGCAGAGAAGUGGUUUUGGAAAAGGAGAUAGCAUAGCAUUAGAGAUAACUAAGAAUAAUGCAGAAUGUGACGUAGUUCCGAAUUUAAGUUUCGAUUCACACCAUGCUGGAGAAGUUAGUCAAAUCGAUGAAUCUGAUUCGAAGACUAAGGUUUUUAAACCGUGUGCGGCUCGUUAUACUGAUUACACUCCGUGUCAAGACCAACGGCGUGCUAUGACGUUUCCGAGAGAAAACAUGAACUAUAGAGAGAGACAUUGUCCUCCAGAAGAAGAGAAGUUACAUUGUAUGAUCCCAGCGCCAAAAGGGUAUGUAACACCUUUUCCAUGGCCUAAGAGUAGGGAUUAUGUUCCUUAUGCGAAUGCGCCGUACAAGAGUCUCACAGUUGAGAAGGCUAUUCAGAAUUGGAUCCAAUACGAGGGAAAUGUGUUUAGAUUCCCGGGCGGUGGAACACAAUUUCCUCAAGGUGCUGAUAAAUAUAUUGAUCAACUCGCAUCUGUUGUACCGAUAGAUGAUGGGACAGUGAGGACGGCACUUGACACCGGUUGUGGGGUUGCAAGUUGGGGUGCAUAUCUGUGGAGCAGAAAUGUUGUUGCCAUGUCGUUUGCACCGAGGGACUCUCACGAAGCACAAGUACAAUUUGCUCUUGAAAGAGGUGUACCAGCUGUAAUUGGUGUUCUCGGAACUAUAAAGUUGCCAUAUCCAUCGCGAGCUUUCGAUAUGGCUCAUUGUUCUCGCUGUUUGAUUCCCUGGGGAGCAAAUGGUGGAAUUUAUAUGAUGGAAGUUGAUAGAGUUCUAAGACCUGGUGGUUAUUGGGUUCUUUCUGGUCCUCCAAUCAAUUGGAAAGUAAACUACAAACCAUGGCAGAGACCAAAGGAGGAGCUUGAGGAAGAACAAAGAAUGAUUGAAGAGGUUGCUAAGAAACUUUGCUGGGAGAAGAAAUCUGAGAAGGCUGAAACUGCCAUUUGGCAAAAGAUGACAGACUCUGAAUCAUGCCGUAGCAGACAAGAUGAUUCCAAUGUUGAAUUUUGUGAAUCCUCUGAUCCUAAUGAUGUCUGGUAUAAGAAAAUGGAGGCCUGUGUUACUCCGACUCCUAAAGUUUCCGGGGGCGAUCUUAAACCAUUUCCAGACAGGUUAUAUGCAAUCCCUCCGAGAGUUUCUAGCGGCUCUAUUCCCGGAGUUUCUUCCGCGACAUACCAGGACGAUAACAAAACAUGGAAAAAGCAUGUCAACGCAUACAAGAAAAUCAACUCACUGUUGGAUUCUGGUAGAUAUCGCAACAUCAUGGAUAUGAAUGCUGGUUUGGGUAGUUUUGCUGCAGCUAUUCAUUCGUCGAAAUCAUGGGUCAUGAAUGUGGUGCCAACUAUAGCUGAGAAAAGUACUCUCGGUGUGGUAUUUGAGCGAGGACUGGUCGGCAUCUAUCAUGAUUGGUGUGAAGCCUUUUCCACGUAUCCAAGGACAUAUGAUCUCAUUCAUGCCAAUCGCCUCUUUAGUCUCUACCAGGAUAAAUGCAAUACAGAAGACAUUCUUCUCGAGAUGGACAGGAUUUUGCGACCAGAAGGGGCUGUCAUAAUCCGCGACGAAGUCGAUGUAUUAAUCAAGGUAAAGAAAUUAAUCGGGGGAAUGAGAUGGAAUUUUAAAUUGGUUGAUCAUGAAGAUGGUCCUCUUGUUCCUGAGAAAGUACUAAUUGCCGUCAAACAGUAUUGGGUUACUGAUGGAAACUCCACAUCAACACAAUAAUCACUGGAAAAACAAUUUGAAACUACAGUCCUACCCUCAAGCUGAUACUACCUUUCUAUAUACAAUGGUCACAGAGUUCAUAUGGUUUGAUUCUUCAUCACAACUGUGGCAGAGAGAGAGCUUGGUCCAAGUCAAUUUUGUUGUUGAAUUAAUUUACAGUUUAGAAUGUUACAUUCAAGAAUAGAAACCCUCCUCUCUCUGUUCCUUAAUAGUUUCUUUGUUUAUUUAAAUUAUUAAUUGUUUUGCUUUGUACCAAAAGUAAUUAUAUUUCUGGAUUUGAAGUUGUAGCCAGUCCAUUUGUCAAUUCUAUUGGUGAUUAUUUUGUAAACAAUUUAAUGAAUUAUGUGGCAAUCGUGCCUCAAUCAA